AUGCUUCUUCUAGCAUACUUCGGUGGAUAUGUAGCCUAUGUGGAAUACCUUAUACGCAUUCAUCGUUUCUACCCUUAUCCCAUACUUGCGGUUUUCUCGGAUAUUGGACGAUUUGGAUUUUAUUCAGUGGUGAUCAUCGCUACUAUCCUUUGCUUCGGAGUCGGUGUACUGAUGGUUCGCUCUCUAAAUAAGACUCAACAUAAAAGGUUCACUUCAAAAACACAGCAACGAACAGAGCGAAAAGAGUCUACUCCUGUUCAGAGUAGACACAAGAAAUCUAAGAAGAUGGAUUGA